AUGGCAAAUGGUGGAUUGUCCGCCAAGCGGGCGGCCAAGCCCGCCGAGGCCGAGCCUGCCAAGCGGCCACGGACGAAGAAGGUCGAGGACGACGCAGCGGCGACAUUAGACGACAGCCUGCCGUCCAGCGGCGCGCAGAGCAUCUUCAACCCCAAGCCGCUGGCGCCGGUCCCGCACCUCUCGUUCAAGCGCGCCGCGCGCCCACGGCCGUCGGCUGCCCCGCCGCCCUCGCCGCCUGGGAGCCCGCCAGCCUCGCGGGCCAUGGGUCCGCCGACCAGCGCACGGCGACCACGCAGGUCGACGCGCCCCCUCGGCGACAUGGUCGUGCCCCUCCCCAUUGCCGACACACCCAUCAUCUCGCGGAAUCGGGACAUGCGCAACGAGAUGGACCGCAGGAGCUCGUUGACGAUGCGCGGGAAACGUGCCAGCUCGAGCUUUGGCCGCGGCGAACCAAGCUACCCCCAUUCCUCCGUCCCUUCGGACCAGUUCUAUCGACACAUCGACACUGGCAUCCCAGAGCCCAUCAAAGCCCGAUGGCUCAUCUCGUGGUGCGCCAAGCGGGCCAUGGACGAGCACACGGCCGAAAACAAGGGGAAGCGACGAGCAGCAGACGCCGACGAGAUCGACAAGCUCGUCGGCGACGUGUUUGACGAGUUCGUUUCCAACGUGGCCAAAGGCAACGUCGACACCAACGUCUUUGGCGAUUCCAGCACGGCCGCGUCGGCCUCGGCACUCAACAUUCGACCACAUCCCCGGAAUGUCGAGAACCGCAAGACGCAGGAGAAAGAGAACGCCGUCAUCAAGCGGAUGAAGACUGAAGAUCGCGACUGGACACGGAUUGGCGCGCGAGCAAACGAAAUGCAAGCCAAGGUGAUCAGCACUUUGAAUGCCUCGGCACGACAACACGCCGUGCCAGAUGUGUCUGGUGCCGCCGAGUUCUUCCAGCGCGCUCUCAGCGUGUCGGACGAAGUCAUGGCGGCGGGCGAUGGGGACGGUGCGGCUGCGUCUGCGAGCAACUUUGCAGACGUGGAAUUGGAGGUCGAUAUGCUUCACCAGGCCACACACCAAGCACGGCAGUACUCACUGCAAGCCACGCGGUUCCUCGACGGCAUCUUCUCGUCGCUUGCCGCCGACUUGCGAUCACAAGACGACACGGGCAAGCUGCCGUCGACAGAUUCGGACGGUCCUGACGCCGUGGCGCUGCUCUCGGCCGCUGGAUCCGCCCAGCCGUCAUCACGCGCCGACCCAAUGCACAUGCUUCGCGCCCGCCGCCGCCACCACGCCGCAAUGUCCGAGGGCAUCGUCCUCGCCGACGACCCGUACCUGCAGUACCAGCCGGCGUUCAGCUACUCGCUCCCGAUCCAGCUGCUCGUGAGCGGCAUCACGCUGACGCUCCUGGUGGUGCUGUUGAUCCACCUGCUGUUCACGACCCAAUACCACUACCCCCUCGCACCGCUCAACUAUGGCCUCCAGCUCGCCUCCAUCAUAUCCGUGCUGAUCGGCGUCGCGACCCGCAUCGGCGUCAUCCUGCGGCACGCAUCCACGCAGGCAGACCACUGGCCGUACAUGCUCGACUAUGUCAGCGUCAGCAUACCGGGCGAUAGCUGGACCACGGCGGAAAACGCCGCAUGGUACCUCCUCCAAGCGCUGAGCAACGGUCUUGCGAAUCUCACCCACAUCCAGUUCUUGACGCUGCUGUAUCCUUCGCGUACAGAGGCGCGGCUCAUCUUCCUCGCGCUGGGCCCGCUGGCCAUUGCGUCCUCCGGCCUCUUCUUCUGCACAAUGUCGAGCAACCGGACCGUUGUCGACCUUGGCGACGCCAUCCGCAACGUCUUCUCCUCGACGCUCCUGCUCAUCUUCACUCUGUCCCUCUGUAUCUGGGGCUUCUUGGUGAACAGGAAGCGCGCUUGGCGCCUGGACGGCGGCACGGGCGUGUUUGGCGGUGGCGCGCUCGGCCUCGCGUUCGUCACCACCGCGUCAUCAUUCGUCGCGGUCAAGGAAGAAGGCAUCGACUGGCUUCAACACCUCAUCUGGGCCGCUGUGCUCUGGCAGACGUGGCUCGGGUGGUGGUGGUGGGUCGGCGCCGGCAUGGGCAUCGGCGAAGUCGAGGAUAUUAUGGAGCGCGCCAUCCGGAAGAAGAAGCGUGCGGCCCGACGAGCACACCGCGACGGGGUCAUCAGUGCCCAGACACCCGGCGCAAACACGCCACACGGCACGCAGACCCCCGCCAACCGGCGCAUGGGCGCGACGAUCCGCACAGCAUCCACGUCGGUCAUGGGUAUGGCUACUGGCAUCGCCAACUUUGUGCAGCACCCCAACGGCGGGAGCAACUCUGGCUCCAACGAGUCGGGCACGCGCCGGCGCGGCGCGGGCCGGCGCUCAGCCACAGCGCCGCCCGCCCCGCCGAGCCGCGAUGUCGAGGAGGGCAUCCACGACGUCGUCGUCGACGACGUUCGCCUUUCCGUCCAUGACGUCGCCCACGACGGCAUCCACGAGGACAUUGAGCUCGGGUCGCUCCGCCUCCGCGAGCCUCACCACGAGCGCGAGCGCGACCGCGCCGAGGAUGGCUCGGGCGGACACCCGCAGAGCUCCAACUCGGAGACGUCGUCGACGUCGCGCACACCGUCACUCCACCCGCCGCAGACAGCACGAGAAGUGUUCGCGUACCCGCUCACCUGGUUCCAGGUGUACCUCCGUCGCCUGCGACGCGCACACGAGGAGGCGACGCGGCGCAGCGCGGUCGAGCAGGCCGAGCGCCGCUCGCGCGUGCCGACAAUAGCUGGGACGUCGGUGCAGCCUCCAGAAGGCUGGGACCUGGGCGCGUACGGUGUGCGCGAGCACCACGAGAGCACGCGCAGGCUGCACGAGGCGCAGCGGCAGCUGAGGGCGAACCAGCUCUUGGCCGAGGAGUCUGGCGACGACGGGCGGUCGUCUACGCGCCGGAGCCGCCGUGCAAGGAUAUCUUCCGCGAGCGUGAUCAACAUCCCCAUGACUCACGAGCCCGAGGAGCUCGAGCAUCACGAGACGCACGAGGGCAAUUGGGAGGACGUUGACUCGACCACGGGCGACGAGGAGGACGAGGACGACCCGCACCAGAGCGACAAGGACUCGGACGCCGACGAGCACACGGCCAGACCGGGCGGCAGCGGGGCCGCAACGCCGCGCGGCGAGGCUGGCGCCGGCAGCUCGAGCUGGAGCUGGUGGGGCCCGCUCAAGGAGUGGCGACUCGCGGACCGGUCCAAGUUCUAG